AUGGCACAGCAAAGAGUUCCAAUAUGGCGCCCUUCGCACGAAGACCUGAACGACUCCGCGAUGGCGAGAUUCAGAGACUACUCAAAUAAACGCUACAAUCUAUCCUUAAGCUCUUACGCGGAGCUCCACGCAUGGUCGAUAAACCCCGACACUGCGGACGACUUCUGGCUCGCGCUGUUCGACUUUCUGGACAUGCGCGCAACAGCUCCCCCAAGAGCAGCUUUUGAACCUCAUUGGCUUACCACUACAGGGAAGCAGCAUGGCGGAAACAUGUACCCCUCGCCCAAAUUCUUCCCCAGCGCAAAGAUGAACUUCGCCGGAAGUGUGCUCCUAAACCGCGACCCCAAUGGAAGAGCAAUCCUCGAAGUCGCCGAAGCAUCCCUAGAUGCCACUGUCAUUACCUGGCGCGAGCUCUACGACAUCGUCGAGAAAAGCGCGGACGCGAUGCGGAGUCUGGGUGUGAAGACUGGAGAUCGAGUUGCCGCAGUCAUCGGAAAUACCGCGCAGCCCAUUAUUCUGUGCCUAGCGGCACUAUCAAUUGGCGCGAUCUGGUCGUCGGUAUCCCCGGAGUUUGGAGUCCAGGGAAUCUUGGAUCGCCUGGUACAAACUACGCCCAAGCUCGUUUUCUCGGACACGUCUGUGAUGUAUAAUGGCAAGCUUCGGGAUUUGGUGGAUACUGUACAGACUUGGGCGAAGACGGUUGCCCGAGGAGAGGAGCUGGUACAUAUUGUGCUUACUUCCUCGGAUCCGAAGCAGGCUGCGUCGAUUGAAAAGGGAGUCACGUUACCAGAGUUCUACGCCAAAGGAAUUGGCCGGCGGCUGGUCUUCGAACAGCUACCAUUCUGUCAGCCCGCAUUCAUCUUUUACUCUUCCGGAACUACUGGCGCACCAAAAUGCAUUCUCCAUACUGCGGGCGGUGUCCUUUUGCAAGUGAAAAAGGACUACAUAGUCCAAAUCGGUUUACGCCCAGGCGAUCUCAUGUUCCAAUAUACUACAACUGCAUGGAUAAUGUGGGCAUUCGUUCUCUCCGCGCUAGGAACCGGAGCAGCCGUGGUGGUAUAUUCUGGAUCGCCUCUUUAUCCUGAUGUAGGGUUCUUGCCAAAGCUGCUCGCAAAGCUGAAAGUCAACGUCUUCGGGACAUCUGCAAAGUACCUUACGGACCUCAUGGAUAGCAACAAGCGUCCCCGGGAUGAGCACGACCUUUCUGCUUUGCGGAAGGUAACAUCAACGGGAUCGGUCCUUCCACCAGACGUUGCGGAGUGGUUUUAUGCAAAAGGAUUUCCUCCGAAUGUUCAGCUGAUAUCUGGAAGCGGUGGCACAGACUGUUCGUGCGCUUUUGUCGGCGGCUCACCUCUCCUCCCUCUGUAUGCCGACGAGAUCCAGGCAAAAGUGCUAGGAAUGGCUGUGGACGUUUUCGACCCCAGCCAUCCGGAAGGCGUCAGCAUACAUGCUAGCAAUGAGCCCGGAGAGCUGGUCGUGAGGCAGCCAUUCCCCAGUCAACCGGCCACAUUCUGGGGCCCGGGAGGAGACGCAAAGUAUCGGGAAGCAUACUAUGACAUGUUUGGACCAAAGGUCUGGGUCCAAGGCGACUUGAUCAGGAUUUCGACGACGACGGGCGGCAUACAGAUGCUCGGGCGAUCCGACGGUGUCUUGAAUCCCUCUGGCGUCCGCUUCGGUAGCGCUGAAAUCUACGCUGUUGUUCGCCUCUUUCACAGCAUUGCUGACAGCGUCUGCGUGGGCCAGCGCCGGCCGCAAGACCGCGAUGAAUCUGUCAUCCUGUUCCUGAAGAUGGCGGAAGGCCAAAAGCGGACACAAACCCUCAAAGAUCAACUUAAGGCCGAGAUUGGUAAGCAGCUGAGUAGACGACAUGUGCCCAAAUAUGUCUUCUACGUUGACGACAUCCCGUACUCGCACGUGGGUAAGAAGUUGGAGAUCUUGGUAAAGAACGUGAUUAGUGGGCGAAACAGCAAGAGUAAUGUGGUCGCAAACCCAGACGCCGUGAGCCUGUAUCAGAAGUAUUUUGAUGUCGAAGCAGCGGCAAAGGAAGUUGAUGUGGACGAGGUCGCUAAGCUAUAG